AUGGGCAUGUUGUCACGGGCACAGCCUUCGAAAGGUUUCAAGUCAUUUCAAACAUGGCCGGCGGGAAGAAAGUGUUGAUUGCGGCUGCUGUUGCUGCCUUUGCAGCGUUUGUUGGGCACUCAUUUCUGAAACUCAAAAAAGUGACCCUUGCCUCCAGAGAAGCGCCAGUAAAACACCUGAAAUGUCAAUAUUUGACGAAUAUUGAUUAUGGGGCAGAGGAUAUUACCAUACUUAAAGAUGGACUCGCCUUUCUAAGUACAGGGCUAAAAUUUCCUGGAAUGCCGUCAUUCUCAGAUGAACCAGGCAAAAUGUAUGUUAUGGAUAUGCUGCACCCAAAGCCAACACCAGAGGAGCUACAGAUCAAAGGGGAUCUGGACCUCAGCUCAUUCAACCCGCAUGGCAUUAGUGUGUACAAGGAUGAAGCAGAUGACUCUCUGUAUUUAUUUGUUGUCAGUCACCCUGAGCAGAAAAGCCAGAUAGAGAUCUUUCGUGUUGUGGAUGAGGACACGCUUUUUCACCUAAAAACCAUUACCCAUCCCUUACUGCACAGUGUAAAUGACAUUGUUGCUGUGGGAGCAGAGCACUUCUACGCCACAAAUUAUCAAUACUUUCAAAGUCAUCUACUUAACUUGCUGAGUGUGGUUUUGGGUCUGCCCUGGACUGAUGUGGUGUACUACAGCCCAGAGGAAGUGAGGGUGGCAGCUGAUGGCAUUCAGUCCGCAAAUGGGAUCAACAUGUCUCCGGACGAACGGUAUAUUUACGUUGCAGAUAUCGUGGACCAUGAGGUUGAUGUUUUUGAAAGAAAAGCUGGGGAGCAGUUGGUGUAUGUGAAGUCCGUAGAUGUUGGAUCACUUUGUGAUAAUAUUGAGGUGGACCACAGAACAGGUGACUUGUGGCUGGGCUGUCAUCCAAACAGCAUGAAGUUGGCAAUGUUUGAUCCUGAAGAUCCACCAGGCUCUGAGGUCAUCAAGAUCAAGAACAUUCACUCAGAGCAGCCGCUGGUGAGCAUAGAGUAUGGUGAUGAUGGUCGUGAGCUCAUGGGCUCCACUGUAGCGGCUCCUUAUGAGGGAAAGUUGCUUAUUGGCACUAUUUUUCACAAAGCCCUGUCUUGCGUUUUGUGA